AUGCCGAACCUCCACCUUGCGUGGCUAUCCCUUCUCUGGGCAACCGUAGUCCUGUGCCAGAGCGUGGUGGAAGAAAUCUCUUUUGGCCACAAACAAGGCAUUUCGCCCAAUUCCUUCGCUAUUCCUGGCUGGGCCAUGUUAGGGGAAGGACACGUGCCUCAACUCCUCUCCGAUAAAGUCAUCUUAACCCCUCCAUACGGUGCACACAAGCGAGGUGCGUUGUGGUCAGAACAGAAGAACCCUUUACAAGAAUGGACGGCAGAUCUUAAAUUCAGAGCUGGUGCAGUUGACCGGGGGACUGGUCACUUGCAGUUGUGGUAUGCGAACAACGGAGAGAAAAGCAUAAGCACGUCAAGCAUAUAUACCGCAGGGAAAUGGGAGGGUCUGGCAGUUGUCGUUGAUACAGUUGGAGGGGUCCAGAAGAUCCGUGGCUUCUUGAACGACGGGUCAGUCGAGUUCAAGAGCCACCUCAAUGUUGACAGCCUAGCCUUCGGCCACUGCGACUAUAUCUACCGCAAUUUAGGUCGACCGUCGCACAUCAAUGUUAAGUCGUCCAGGACCGGUCUCGAAGUCAGAGUAGAUGGCAGAAUAUGUUUCGCCACGGAUAAAGUCGCCCUUCCUUCAGACUAUAACUUCGGCUUGACUGCUGCCUCCGCCGACCCGCCCGACUCGUUUGAAGUCUUCGCCUUCACACUAUCCUCCAUCUCAGUGUCUCCUGGAGACCAAAGGACUCCCCAACAGCCAGCGCAACAACAGCCGCCCCCAGAGAACUCUGUUCCGCAAGCAGACGACCUCCCGGCCUCAUACUACACAACUUCCGAAGCUCAAUUCGCCGAUCUACACAACCGACUCAACCUACUGUCAAAGGCGAUUGCAAAUCUAUUUACUGAAGUCGCUCGGCAGAGCACUAACGCAGAAGCCCGGCACAAGGAGAUCCUCGGUCGCAUGCCGAACGGACAGAUGAUUUCGUCGCUGGAUUCCCGGGUCGCCAACCUCGACCGUGUUGUUGGGAAUCUGGAGCGCGAGCUCAAGUCGUCCGACCAUAAGGCGCAAUUUGCCAAAAUAUCCGAACAAAUCGCCCAGACACAUGUCGGCGUGACGGAGCACGUACCCCAACGUCUCCGUGAAUAUGUGCAGGCGCACACGCCACGGAUAGGCUUCAUACUCUAUAGUUUCAUGGCCUUCCAGACGUGUUGCGUUGGGGCGUUUGUGUGGUAUAAGUGGCGGAAGAGCACGAUGCCGAAGAAAUACCUCUAG